UCUGCAUUUGGACAGCAUCCACACACCCACCACACGAUGACGAUGCGGUUCCAGAUAAAGAUGGUCCUCGUCUUUUCCCUGCUUGUUGUCGCGGCGUGGGCAGAAGAUCUAUAUGAGAUCCUUGGCGCUAGCUCCGGUGCUUCACCCCAGGAUCUCAAGCGCAUCUACCGCAAGUUGUCGCUCAAGUAUCAUCCUGACAAGGUUGCGCCGGAGGAACGGGAUUCGGCGCAAGCCAAGUUCUUGAAGAUUGCCAAUGCGUACCGUGUGUUGUCGGACCCGGCGCGCAGGGAAAAGUAUGACCUCUACGGCAUCGCUGACGACGAGGGCUUCAAGAACUUUGACGAAGCCUUCAGGCAUGCUCGGGACAGCGUCGAGGAUACCCCGUUGAAUUGGCUCAUCUUGAUCUUCAUCGUGGUCGUCAGCGUCGGCCCCAUCCUCUAUUUUAGAUUCAAAACCAAGCCAAAGGCCGUCAACAACGCCCGCCGCGAGGCUCUGGCGGCAAAGAAGAAGUCAUUAAAAGACAACUAGACGUGCCAGUGGACAUGGCUGUAUGUCUCUAUAGACUUGUUUCCGUUCGAAUCGCUGUCGAUCAUGCAAUUUACGCCGCGUGGGGCACUAGAUGUAACAUAAUGGCCUAGUCGACUUUUUGAUGGAGAGUAGUUUGGUCAGCUCUGGAGGGCAGUGAUUGGCACAAACACAUGGGUUCGCACGAAUCGACCAUGAUCUCGUUGCCGACGCGCUACCGCUGCUGCCUUCAAUGUUGUGGGAUGUGGCGCCAUGGACGAAGAAGGAGCAUGGUGUGUCGUAGCACCUUGCGUCGCUUGACGACGUUUCUUCUUCCACCGCUCAACACGCUGCUCUCUCGACAGUUCGGCACGACAUGACUUGAAGCACGGAGAUGUAUCCCGCAGACGAGGGAUGCGACUAUCGAUCGUCGUUGGGACCGAUCGCAUGGGUACACCUGAUCGAGUGUUUGGUUUGGGGAUGGCUGGAGUUGCUUGGGGAACCCACCACACCCCUGGAGUGGACGGAGUGAUGAAACUAACUUCAUGCUGACGAAAUGGAUGUUGGGCAGUAGUGGGCGAUUCAUUGCGGUGAAUUUCUGCCGCGGCGCCCAAAAGGCUCAACGCGCACAACGUGUCCUCUCGCUCGACCGAAGCGUUGGGACAGUGCUGCAAUAUCCGCGAGAGCGAUGGCAACAGGCUCAGGGUAGAUUCCACGGCUUCCACUCGGGAGCGCUUGAGACCAGGAAGGGUCUCUCGAUGCGACGGAGGCGUCAUCUGCAGCAUGUGGGUCGCCAUGGUCUUGGGGAGAUGUGG